AUGAUUGAAUCAAAUUUCAAUUUAAACGCCAAAGAAGCCUUAGAAUUUUCUUUUAACUCCAAAGAAUGGUCAAGACUUCGUAAUGUUACAUGUUCAUAUUUGACAUUAAAAAAUAAAAUAAAUUUAUAUACAAAUCAACUAGAACAAGUUCUUUCUGAAGCUUCUACUUACAGAGAUUAUGUAAGGGAAUUUUUUAUUUUAGUCUAA